AUCAUCAUGACUUCAACAUUGUUGCCCGGAAAUAUAGUUUACGGUGGUCCCAUUACCACGAGUGAGGCCCAGGACUAUCCCUCCUUGGGACAAUAUAUUGUGGACAAAUACAAAAGUUUCGGGGACCAAACUGUUAUGAUUGAUGCAGUCACGGGCACAGAAUAUAGCGCAAAGUUUAUGUAUGACUCGAUUGUGAGAUUGGCUCAAAUACUCCAGAAAUUGGGUGUUAAGCAGAACGAUGUCAUCGGUUUAUCCAGUGAGAAUAGCAUUAACUUUGCUAUUGCCAUGUUUGCCGGAUUUGCAGUGGGUGCGACCGUUGCUCCCUUUAAUGUCACCUACUCCGAUCGUGAGGUGGAUCAUGCCAUCAAUCUGUCGCGUCCAAAGAUUAUAUUUGCCUCAAAGAUCACGAUGGAUUGCAUUGUCAGGGUGGCCAAAAAGAAUAAAUUUGUCAAGGGCAUCAUUGCGAUCAGUGGCUCCACCAGCAAUCUUCCCAACGUGCAUUCUCUUCUGGACUUAAUGAGUAAUGACAAGUACAAGACGAAACCCGAUUUCACAUCGCCUCAAGCGAACAAAGCCGAUGAUGUGGUUUUAAUUGUUUGCUCCUCCGGCACCACCGGUCUGCCCAAGGGCGUCCAGCUGACACAAUCCAAUCUGUUGGCCACACUCGAUUCGCAAAUCCAACCCACCAUGAUACCGUUGUCGGAAAUUACGCUGCUAACAGUGAUUCCAUGGUUCCAUGCCUUUGGCUGCCUCACAUUGAUCACAUGUGCAUCCAUGGGUACACGUCUAAUUUAUCUGCCCAAAUUCGAGGAGAAGCUGUUCCUUUCGGCCAUUGAGAAAUACCGUGUGAUGAUGGCAUUCAUGGUGCCACCACUAAUGGUGUUCUUGGCUAAGCAUCCCAUUGUGGACAAGUACGAUCUGUCCUCCCUAAUGGUUCUGCUGUGCGGAGCUGCACCACUUAGUCGAGAGACCGAAGAUCAAAUCAAGGAGCGUAUUGGAGUCCCAUUCAUUCGCCAGGGUUACGGUCUAAGCGAGUCAACUCUAAGUGUUCUGGUGCAGACGGAUGAGUAUUGCAAGCCGGGCAGCGUAGGCGUACUCAAGGUUGGCAUCUAUGCCAAGGUAGUUGACCCCGACACCGGCAAGAUCUUGGGAGCGAAUGAACGUGGCGAACUUUGCUUCAAGGGCGAUGGCAUUAUGAAGGGCUAUAUUGGCGAUACCAAGUCCACCCAGACUGCCAUUAAGGAUGGCUGGUUGCAUACCGGUGAUAUUGGCUACUAUGAUGAUUCAUUCGAGUUCUUUAUUGUGGAUCGCAUCAAGGAACUUAUCAAGUACAAGGGCUUCCAGGUGCCGCCGGCGGAAAUCGAGGCGCUGUUAUUAACUCAUGAGAAAAUUAAGGAUGCUGCCGUGAUUGGCAAACCAGAUGAGGAAGCUGGCGAGCUGCCGAUGGCCUUUGUAGUCAAGCAAGCGAAUGUUGAGCUCACCACGGGGGAUGUGAUAAGUUUCGUCCACGAUCGUGCCUCUCCAGCCAAACGUUUGCGCGGUGGCGUUAUCUUCGUGGAAGAGAUACCCAAAAACCCCAGUGGCAAAAUACUGCGUCGUGUACUACGCGAAAUGCUUAAGAAGCAAAAAUCCAAAUUGUAAAUCAACUUAGUUUACCUAGUGAAAAUUGGAGGCGUGUCCAAGUAAAUCAAUUUGUACAAAGGAGGAAACGGUUUUCAUACGUACGCUUUAUUAUUACUAAACUUUGUUCUUAUCGUUUCAUUUCAUUUCAUUUCAUUUCGUUUUAUAAACUACCAACUGGUUGGAUUGUGUUUAAAUAUAUAUAUAUAUACUUGUCUGUACUUGGCUUUUUCAAAGUAUUCUAUGUAAUUUAAAUCUAAAUAAAAACUAUUCCCAUACAUACAUA